UCAUGGCAGCUUCCAUGAGAGUGUCAUCUAAUUGCUUUGUUUUUAAUUUAAAUUGUAUUUUAAAAUUUAGAAACUACAAAUUUCGCUUAGGAUCUGUACUUAAUUCAAACUCUAAUAGAAAUCUUUCGACCAAAGAGUUAUUUCCUUAUCAAUACUGCCGGGAAACUGUAAGAAAAUAUGAUUACGAAAAUUAUUUGUGCAGUCUUCUGCUUUCGGAUUCUGCUGUCAGAAGCGCUGCUAUUGUGAUACGAGCCUUCAAUGCAGAAAUAUCUCAGAUUAGAGAUAUGGUAUCAACAGUUUCUAUUGGAGAGAUGAGAUUUAAAUUUUGGAAAAAUGCUUUAGAAAAUACUUUUAAAGGGAAUCCUCCAGAACAUCCAGUUGCUUGGGAACCUUGUUUAGCAAAUGUGCAUUGUGAUCAUGUAGCGAGUCAUAUAGGAAAGUCUCAAGGAAUAUGCAAUUUAUUACGUGCAAUCCCAUAUAAUGCUUCUAAAGGCAGGUUGUUUUUGCCUUUAGACUUGAUGAUACGCAUAAAAUUAUCCCAAGAAAGGAUAUUUCGUGGAAAUGAAAAGAAGAAUUUACAGGAUGCUGUUUAUGAGCUUUCGUCUGUAGCACACCAGCAUUUAAAUUUGGGACGAAAAUUGAGCAUAGAUGUGCCAAAAGAAGCAAAAUCAAUAUUUUUACCAGCAGUUGCUACAGCUGUAUAUCUUAAUAAAUUGCAAAAGACUGAUUUUGAUGUUUUCCAUCCUGCAAAUCAAAAACGGAACAAUUUACUUCCUUUGUCUCUGUUAUUUCAUAAACUACGUAAAAAAUAUUAAUUUAUGUGGAAUAGCUUUUAUAUUUUUUGUAUUUAUUAACAUUCAUUCUUUUAGACAAUAAAAGUUUUUGUC